AUGGCGAGGCGGCCAAGACACAGUGUUUACAGCAGCGAUGAGGAUGAUGAAGAUGUUGAGGUUUAUGAUCAUGAUUAUGAUGGCUCAUUGGCCAAAUCAGGGAAACGCCAACUUGGCAAAACACGCUGGACGCGUGAAGAGGAUGAUAAGUUAAAGAGGCUGGUGGAACACCAUGGCUCAGAGGACUGGAAAGUCAUUGCCAACUUCCUUCCAAACCGCACUGAUGUCCAGUGUCAGCACCGUUGGCAGAAAGUUCUAAACCCAGAGCUCAUCAAAGGCCCUUGGACCAAAGAGGAGGACCAGCGGGUGAUUGAGUUAGUUCAGAAGUAUGGCCCCAAACGCUGGUCGGUGAUAGCCAAGCAUCUGAAAGGUCGGAUCGGGAAACAGUGUCGAGAGCGCUGGCACAACCACUUGAACCCUGAAGUGAAGAAGACUUCAUGGACAGAAGAGGAAGAUCGCAUCAUCUACCAGGCUCACGAGAAACUCGGCAAUCGUUGGGCAGAAAUCGCUAAACUGCUGCCUGGCAGGACUGACAAUGCCAUAAAGAACCACUGGAACUCAACAAUGCGUCGCAAGGUCGAACAAGAAGGCUACCUGCAGCAUGCAGCUAAAGCUAGCCCCACUCCACUAACCAAUGGCUAUGCAAAACCUGGUCACCUAUUGAGUUAUACACACACUCCAGCCAAUACAGCUAUAUCUCCAGUCCAGAUUGCCAACCAGUUCUCCUACUGCAUAUCCGACACGCAACGAGUGCCGUUUCCUCUUCAGCUGAACAUCUUGAACAUUCCACAGCACGGCACAGCUGCUAUACAGAGACACUAUAAUGAGGAGGACCCUGAGAAGGAGAAAAGAGUGAAGGAGAUUGAGAUGCUUCUGAUGUCGACAGAGAACGAACUGAAGGAACAGCAGGCACAGCCUAUCUCCAUGGUUAAUUACAGUGGGUGGAGCCGAGGUUCUUUGACGGACAUCGGUGUAGCUGUCUCUGCCCCUGCCCCGCCCCUAGAGCAUGGAUGCCUUCCAGAGGAGAGCGCCUCCACCUCUGCAAUCGCCCACAACAACACCACCACAAAUGUCAACAACCAUAGCAACAACAGUACGGGCAGCAACAGCGUCCUAUCAGCCCUGCCGGAGUUUAUAGAGGACAUUGACUCGUUUUUUAAUGCAUCUGUGAGUCCAGACCCAGAUAACCAGAGUCUACCUGUCACACCCACUCCUGCCUGCUCCCAGAAACCCCUGCAGCAUGACCUUGCUCCUCGACCUCAGAAAGAUAAUGACAUGUUCAGGACACCCACUCUGAGGCGUUCCAUAAUGGAAUGCUCUCCUCGAACCCCAACUCCCUUUAAGACAGCAAUGGUUUUACAAGACACCAAGUAUGGCCCACUGAAAAGGGCCCACAGUCCCCCUCAUGACACUGUGGUGGGAGGGAUUAAGCAGGAACCUCAAGAAUGUGAGAUCACUGUGGGCGGGGCACAUCUCGAACAGCCCGCCCUCAAGAAGAUCAAGCAAGAGGCGGAGUCAUCAUGCUUGCAGUGGGAGGGGCAAGAACUCCAUACCCAGCUCUUCCAACCUAGUGACCCUGCUCAUAACGUGCCUGAUCUGUUGAGCAGUUCUGUGCUGAUGCUGCCAGGGGCAGAGAAGAGUGAGGUUGGACACAAGUCCCUGAACCUGCCCCGCAGAGCCUUGGGAAGCCCGCUGCAGAUGAGCACAUGGGAACAGGUCCUUUGUGCGACCAAAACUGAGGACCAGAUCCUGACCGGUGAAACAACGCACAAAUACCUCAACAACUUUUCCUCCCGUGCUCUGGUCAUGUAG